AUGUUCUGCGGUGUGUUGAUCGUCGCGCUUAAUCAAUCUCUCUUCUUCAAUUUUCUCGAUCUUUCGCCGAGCGAGAAGAAGGUGAGGUACCUCAUUGAGCUGGAGUGGUGGGAGAAGUCGACUCGCCAAAAUGCAGCAAAACUGCUGCAAGCGGCAUGGCGGGCAGGAAACUUGCGGCGGGGAGCCGAAUUAGGCGACCAGCGUUACCUUUUCUCGAUGAUGCGGACCGCACGCAGGCUGCGAAUGGAGAAACCGACCAUUGAGCUGUCGAUCGAGGACCAGAUCGCCGAGAUGGAGGCUGCUGUGCUGGCUGAAGCGGAUCGCAUAGAGGCCGAAAAGACGGAGGUCAUCCAGCGCAUCCAAUCCAAGGCGAUGCAGCUCUCGGCUCUAAAGGAGAAGCUGGAACAGGCGGGACGAGCAAGUUGA